AUGUGGUCUACAAUAACAACCUUGAUAGCAUUGCCUAUCCUGGCCAUCAUUUCCAUCCCACUCAUUCUGUCGGCAUGGGUUACAAUCUCAAUCGCCCUCGUUGCCCUCAUACUCAGAAUCUCGGUGAUUUAUGUGGAGCUCGUCUUCGGCAUCUUAGUGCAUUUCCUCUCGGUUCCCACUUCGCCCACAUCCUCACUGCUGACUUUCGUGGCUUCGGAGCCUCCAACCCCCGUGAGUGGUAGAUCGAGACGGAACUCCAACCAUGCAGCACAACGCAAGCACGACUCUCCAUCGUCUUGGGCUCUGGGAUCUACGGUCGAUAACUAUCCUAAAAAGAACUCCUAUGCCCGGAGCAUGAUUGAGGCCCACCUAUUUCCGUCAACGCCUUAUGGCUUUCCCAUCAGCGGUGAUGAACGACGAGACUUUGAAGGUGUAGGCGGCUGGCGCUCCUACCCAGCCAAGGCACGUAGCUCAAACGAGAAAACCACUUGGACUUCGUCUUCGUCCAGCAUCAGCGAUGUAGAUCCGACUGUCGACGCCGAUGAGCGCGCCUGGCUUUCUCUAAACAAUCGACUUGAGCUUCCGUCGCAACUGAUCACUCUAAGCACGAGUACAUAUGGUGGAAGUACAUUGAACAGUCCGCUGGGUGAGAAUGACUCUCGCAAUGGUCGUAACUUCCAAUCUUUGCUUGAGGCAGCCGAACCAGCCUCCAAUGGGGUUGGUUCUCGACACCAUCACCGCUCACUCACAACAUCUUCGUUGACAACCUCUGAUCGACGUACUGGAAUGGGUCUUUCCCUAGCUCUAUCCACUAGAGCUGACAAUGCUCCCAAUUCAAGAGAGCAUAUCUCCAUGUCAUCGUCAACGCCACGGCUCCCUCCUCCUUUCAUGACACCCCAGCCUUUCGCUCCGUCUCACUCUCAGUCACGAGCUGCACGCGGCUCUCAAAAUGGGGCACAAUUCUCCAAUUCCUAUCUCUCCAGCUCCGGGGAGCUGGGUCACAGCUUUGGGAGUAAUAGCAGUGGGAGCUUUGAUAGGGGCGGUGGUUAUUUUUCUCUGAGACGACCCGGGUCAUCGGGUAGUCAUGUUUCCGGGAUGGUCAGUCCCAUUGCGAGUGGGUAUACGACGCCCGGAGUUGGUAUGUCGACAGAAGAGCGCGAUGCGGCCUCUUUGGCUUCGGCACGCUUGAUGGCGCAUUACCCUACUAGCCCUCGACAUCGCAGGCAGAGUGUGUCUGGGCCUGCGAGGGGUGUGACUGGAUAG